GUGUCUAUGAUGUUUGUGUGGCAGAGAGAAUCCAGAUGCUUUGCCACAGCAUUAAUGCCUAUGUCAUUGACUGCCAAGAUGUUGGAGUUAAGGUCUUGAACUGGAGGACGCCCAGCCUAUGUCCCCUGACCUGCCCAACAAACAGCCAUUACAGCAUCAGUGCUUCGUCCUGUGCGACCCCAUGUCCUGGGCUUACGAGCGUCACCUGUGCUGAUGUGAGUGCUGAGGGAUGUGCCUGCAACAUCGGCUAUUACUUCAAUGGAACAGGUUGCGUUCCACAGGACGAGUGCAGCUGCUACAUCAACGGAAAGACCCUCAAGAUUGGAGAGACAGUGGUGGCCGAUGACUGCUCUGCCAAAUAUGUUUGUCCUAAAUCUGGAAACGGCCAUACCGAAUCCAUGUCUUGUACCAUUGAUGAGACCUGUGAGAUCAAGAACGGCAUCCGUGGAUGCUAUGCCAAGAAAUGCGUUAUGGGAAAUAAUGGGGUCAUCACCACCUUUAAUGGGAGAGCAAGAGAUGUACCAAACAUCGGGGUGUUUGAUCUGGUGACAAUCUGUGACUCCAAUGCAGAGGGGCGGUUCCGGGUCUUGAUGGACCUGCAGGCCUGUGGGCCGACCGGCCCGGUGAUUGCUGUGGGCAUCAUUGCCUUCUUUGAAGGUGCAAAUGUCAAUGUCAACAGCGAGUUUGACACCUGGGUUAAUGGAUGGAAGGUAUCUCUGCCCUUCCAGAUGGAAAACGGAUUGAUCAUUCAAGUAAUAAACGACCAGCUGGUGAUCGAGAAGAAGUCUGCUGUUGUUGUGUCUUACAGUCGGUUACAGGAGAUCACAGUGACCGUCAGUGAAAGUGUGGCAGAGCAACUGUGUGGAGCAUGUGGAAGGCUGGCUGAUAGCCUUUCAGUCUCCGUGCAGAGCACAACGUUUGAAUGGUCACCAGUGCCUUUUUCAAUGUGCCCACAAUGAAGAAUCACAGAACCAACCAAGAAUUCAACGUGAGGAUGCCAAAUAAGCUGACAUCUCCAACUGAGUUGAAGAUUAACCAGUGAUGUUCCUUACGUACACUAAUAAGUUAAAAUAGAUAGAAUGGU